AUGUUUCUAAGAAAAAUUAAUCAUAAGAAAUUAAAAGUAGAUAAAAUAGUAGCACGAAGUGGAAACAUACUUUCAGCAAAAAAGAGGCUCACCAGGAAUAUAUCCCAAGUUAGAAGUAUUACUCACGUUAGAAACAUUUGCUACAUCAGUGUUAUUUCACACAGAGAAGAAAAAGGGUUUCGUGGCAAAAAGAAAAGAGGACAGGGAAGUAUAGCACCUGUACUAGUUAUUGCACCAAUUGGGACAAUUGCACGGAUUGCAACUACUGUACCGAUUGGUAAUAUUGCACCCAUUGCAACUGCAUUGUUUGCGGCACCUGUGGCAGCUUUUCUUAACCCGGAAAAGAGGGAUCAGAGGGACAGCAUGACGGCCCUAACGUUCGAAUGCGUAUCGGAAAGCCCGAAUAUUGUGGAAGAAGAGGAGAAGAUAUUAAAAUAUUGGAAAGAAAUAGAUGCUUUCAACUUAUCAAAUAAGUUAUCACAGAAUAAGAAGCCAUAUAUCUUUUAUGAUGGUCCUCCAUUUGCUACAGGACUACCACACUAUGGUCAUUUACUAGCAGGUAUAAUAAAAGAUUGUGUGACAAGAUACAAUUAUCAGUGUAACUAUUAUGUUGAAAGAAGAUUUGGAUGGGACUGCCAUGGGUUACCUAUUGAAUAUGAAAUAGAAAAAGAAAAUAAUAUAAAUAAAAAAGAGGAUAUCAUAAAAAUGGGUAUAGAUGUAUAUAAUGAAAAAUGUCGAAAUAUAGUUUUAAAAUAUUCAAAUGAAUGGAUAAAAACUGUAGAAAGAAUAGGAAGAUGGAUUGAUUUUAAAAAUGAUUAUAAAACUAUGGAUACUACUUUUAUGGAAAGUGUUUGGUGGGUUUUUAGUGAAUUAUAUAAAAGAGGCUUUAUAUAUAAAUCUUUUAAAGUUAUGCCAUAUUCUUGUAAAUGUAAUACACCCAUAUCUAAUUUUGAGUUAAAUCUUAAUUAUAAAGAUACACCGGACCCUAGCGUAAUUAUUGGCUUCAUUUUGUCGUCAUCUUUUCCUCAUGUUGAAGAAGAUUAUUCUAAAGAUGAAGAUAAGCAGGAGCUGCUUCAAAAGUAUGCCAUUUUUUACGAUCCCUAUUUUAAUGCCCAUGCCAGAGGUGGCAGCACUGCACCAGGUGCUGCCACUGCCGCUGAUACCGCAUUCAAUACAAAUAAUUGCAGUGAGAAGAGGGAACCAUCUGCUGGAACACACGUUAACAACGUGGAUAAUGUACCAAGUUUUAGUGGUGAAGGCCUUCCAAACGAGGUCCUUGCAUGGACUACCACCCCAUGGACUCUUCCGUCGAACUUGGCUCUGUGUGUAAAUGAAAAUUUCACCUACCUGAGAAUACAAAAUAGAGAGUGUAAGCGUAUUAUGAUUGUAGGUGAGUGCAGGUUAGACUGGAUUAUAAAAGAGCUCAAGAUAAAUCCAGAAAAUAUAUGCAUAUUAAACAGAUUUAAAGGGAAGUAUUUAAAAAAUUUAAAAUAUAAACCAUUAUUCAAUGAAUUCUAUGAAAGGUAUAAUUUUAAAGAAAGAGCUUACAAGAUUUUAGCAGACGACUUUGUUACAGAUGAUGUAGGUACUGGUAUAGUACACUGUGCUCCGUCAUAUGGUGAAGACGAUUUUCGUAUAUGUAAAGAUAACGAAAUAAUUGAUCCUGAGAAGUCCAUUUUAGUAGAUCCCUUAGAUGAAAAUGGGUUCUUUACAGAAGAGAUAGAAUUAGUAAAGAAUAUGUAUUUAAAAGAUGCAGAUAAUAUUAUUAAAAAAUAUUUGAAAGAACAAAAUAGACUUUUGAGUAAUAACACCAUUGUGCAUUCAUAUCCAUUCUGCUGGAGAAGUGAUACUCCAUUAAUUUAUAGAGCUAUUCCUGCAUGGUUUGUUAGGGUUAGCAGUGUAUCGAAAAAUUUAUUAAAAAAUAAUGAUGUGACUUACUGGAUACCUGCACAUGUUAAGGAAAAAAAAUUCCACAAUUGGAUUAAGGAUGCAAAAGAUUGGUGUAUUAGUAGGAACAGGUAUUGGGGUACACCAUUACCAUUGUGGUGUGACGAAAAGAUGGAAACGAUUAUAUGUAUUGGAAGUAUAAAGCAAUUAGAAGAGUUAUCUGGAGUAAAAAACAUUACUGAUUUACAUAGACAUCAUAUAGAUAAGAUUGAAAUUGAUAAUCCAAAAGGAAAGCAUUUACCAAAACUGAAGAGAAUAGCAGAAGUAUUUGACUGUUGGUUUGAAAGUGGUUCUAUGCCCUUUGCAAAAGUUCACUAUCCAUUUAGUACAAAAAAAGAAAGUCUAGAAAAAAUUUUUCCAGCUGAUUUUAUUGCAGAAGGAUUAGAUCAAACGAGGGGAUGGUUCUAUACUCUUUUGGUUGUAAGCACUCUAUUAUUUGAUAAAGCUCCUUACAAAAAUUUAAUAUGUAACGGUCUUGUUCUAGCAUCAGAUGGGAAAAAAAUGAGUAAAAGAUUAAAAAAUUAUCCUGAUCCCGUUUAUAUUCUUAAUAAAUAUGGAGCGGACAGCUUGAGACUGUACUUAAUAAACUCAGUAGCAGUGCGUGCUGAAAAUUUAAAAUUCCAGGAAAAGGGCGUUAAUGAAAUUGUCAAAAGUUUUAUCCUUCCCUUCUACCAUAGCUUUCGUUUCUUUGCGCAGGAGGUUACCAGAUUUGAAAGUAGGGCAAAUGGUAGCACCAGUGGAACAGAUGACGGUAUCGGUACUAUGUGCUGCACCAAAUUUGUGUUCUCUGAACAGUGCAUAUACCAGAAUGACAAUAUCAUGGACCAAUGGAUCUUUUCUUGCAUACAGAAUUUAAUAAGGUGUGUGCACGAGGAGAUGAGGGCAUAUAAGUUGUAUAAUGUUCUUCCAAAGCUUUUACAUUUUAUUGAAAAUUUGACUAAUUGGUAUAUACGAUUGAAUAGAGACAGAAUGAGGGGAAGUUUAGGACAAAAGAAUUGUUUGCAAGCAUUGAACACAACAUACAAAACGCUCUAUUUAUUCACUAUCAUCAUGGCUCCUUUUACUCCCUUCAUUUCGGAAUACAUAUAUCAGCAGCUUAGAAAUGUCCAUGGGGGGAAGCACCAACAGGAAUUAGAUCAGACGAAGCAGGUGCAAUCGAAUCACACGCAGGAUGCCAAAGGAAGAAGCACUCCUUCGCUAGUGAAUAACACAUGCAGAGAUGUCCAUUGCAAUGAAGUAAGUGGUUUUGAUAACAAAAAAGAUGUGUCCAAUAUUUCGUGUACAGAAGAAAUGGACAGGAGUAAGAGUGUCCAUUUUAUGAUGCUGCCAAAAGUAGAUGAACACUACACAAUAAAUUAUGAAAUUAUUGAGCUAAUUGAAAAUAUGAAGAACGUUAUAAUAAUGGGUAGGAUACUAAGAGAAAAGAGAAAAACAGCAAAUAAGAAACCUCUAAAGUUAUUAACAAUAGUGCAUAAGGAUUCUAAAUUUUUUAAUAAUUUUGAUAAAAUUACUCAUUAUAUAAAAGAAGAAUUAAACGUUCUAAAUGUUGACUAUUCCAAUGAUGUAAGCUGCCUUACCUUUACAGCAGUUCCUAAUUUUAAGAAAUUAGGUACUAAACUAGGUGCGAACUUAAAAAGUAUACAAAAUAAAAUAAAAGAUAUGACUGUAGAAGAAAUUAAAAAAUAUGAACAAGAAAGAAAAAUACUAAUUGAUCAGGUUUUAUUACAAGAUGAUGAUAUACUCAUUCAAAUGAAACAUAAUCUUCAAGAUAUAAAUAUAGAAGCUAUGAGUAAUGACUCUAUCACUAUCUUAAUGGACUUUACAGCAGAUGCACAAUUGGAAGAUAUGGCUAAUGCUAGAGAAAUAUGUAAUCAUAUACAAAAAAUAAGAAAAAAUUUAUCUUUAAUUCAAAACUCACCCAUUCAAAUGCAUAUCUUUAUAUCAGAUGAAGAAUUUAAAAAAAGUAUGAUAAAGGAAAUAGAAUAUAUUAAGAAAUGCCUUAGACGUAAUUUAAAUCUUUUUAGUACCAUGGAGGAUGUUGAACAUGUCAAAAAUAAAUUCCAUGAGGAACAUAUAAAAGUAAAUCAUAAGGAUGUAACUGUUGUAUUUACCAAGGAGUAG